UGCCAGUCUUUUCUCUCUUUAUGAGAAUAACACUACCAUUGAACUUAUAAAUCUCUUGACAUUACUGAUACAAAAUACUCAUUUUUUUACUUUAAAGAUGAAUCUACAAACAUUAUGGCUAAGUGCAACAUUAACUGUAAUCAUAACUACACAUGGGUAUGGAUUUAUAUAUCAAUCAUUAGAACAAGAUGUAAAUACAAUGCCAGUGCCAAAAAAAUUUCACAAAGUACUCCAUUCUUAUGUUAGUGCCACCAAUCCUAAAUCACUUAAGAACGCUUGGAUAACAGUAAAAUUACGACAAAAUAAUUCUAAAUUGGUCCGAACAGGUGAUCGUGUGGAAUUUGAUUGCGAACUCAGUGGUAGCCCAACUCCUAAUCUACAUUGGAUCAGAGGAAUGAAGACUGAAAGAGAGAUUACAGAAAUUUUAAAGAAUGGUAUAGCAGAUGCAUCGUGGGAAGGAUUAUCUCGUGUAAAUGGCAAAUUAGUUAUAGAUUGUGUUACACCUGAAGACGAAGGGUUAAUUUACUGUGCUGGGGUUGCUGGUACUGAAAUUCAACUUGCAAGCACUUUACUAAUAGUAGAUAGAAAUCUGAAAGGCACUUGUCGGGAAUCUAGUAAACCAACAAUUACUUUGCACGCAAGCAUGGUAAUCUCUAAUCUCGAGUCGACGGUCAUCAUUCCAUGUAGAGCCAGUGGUAAUCCUCGACCUCAAACAUACUGGUUGGAUAAUUAUGAGAAGCGAAUUAAUUCUAAUAUUGAUUCCCGAUAUAGUGUUUUAGAAAAUGGUGAUCUGUUGAUUGAAAGUAUAACAUGGGAAGAUAUGGGAAGAUUUUUAUGUGUUGCUAAAUCUGGAGACUUUGAAGUUUCAGUCGAUACUUUCUUGUAUCCACUUAAGCCUGCAAACGAUUAAGGAACGCUGAUUUAGAGAAAAAGAUGGUGUGGACAAGGAGAAAAAUUUGCCAAGUAAAAGUCAAAUCGUAUUUGUACAUUUGUUUUUCAAACUAAAAUAUAAUUGUAAGAAAAUAAAUUUCACUUGUUGUGGACAAACAUGCGAUUUGUUAAGUAAACUUGAGAUCAUAUUUAUAACUUUAUUUUUCAUUACAAAAUCUAAAUGUAAGAAAGAAUAAUUAUACCUUUAAAUUUUAAAAACACUUAAUUAAGUGACAAAUGUACAACACAAUCAUUUAUUCAGUUGCCACAUAUAUUGCAAGUUUUAUUACUGAAAUUAUUUAUAACUUCUUUUUAUUUAAUUUUGUAUAUGUAAGAAGAUAAAUUCAAAUAGAAUAUCCUUUCUAAAAUAUUACUCUCUAAAUGUGAAUCAGUGAAAUUUCACUGCUGAACCAGUGAUAAGUAUACCACUGGUUUCAUUCAGUGAAAAUUUCACUGGAAACCAGUGUAUUUUCACUGAUUGACAGUGAAAAUCUCACUGAUUGAAUUAGUGAAAUCUGUUUUAUCGACAGAGUUUACUGAUUCAAUCAGUGAGGUUUUCAGUGUCAAUCAGUGAUAAUACACUGGUUUACAGUGAAAUUUUCACUAAAUGAAACCAGUGGUAUACUUAUAACUGGUUCACCAGUGAAAUUCAACUGAUUCAAAUUUAGAGAGUACUUUGUCAACUGAGUUGCCAUAAUAAUUUUCGUAAUAAGAUAUUUAAUAACUGUUUUUGGAAACUUGAAAGGGUUUUUUCUUUUGACAAAAUACUUUUAGAUUUAUCUUUAUUUGUCAAAAUUUCUUUUAAAAUAUUUGUAAUUAAAUAGAAUAAAAUUAAUUUUUUUAAUUAAA